AUGGCCACAAGCAAGGGCGGCGCAAGCAACGAUGGUCACAUGCAGGACGACGGCAAUCCGUACCGGCGGUACACAUCGUCGUACUACUACGACAGGCAGCAUGAGGACUCCGGCAUCAUGGUGAACCAGAACACGUACGAAGCCAUCGUCGUCACCUUGGUCUUCGUCCUCGUGCUGCUCUGGCUCCUCUGCUUACUCCGCAAGCGCAAGGAGGUGCAGGAGGCCGACGACGGAAGUCGUCGCGGACGACCUUGCCCGAGCAACGACGAUGCCGGAGGAGGCGGGGACAGAGUGCGGCAGCCAGUGGCGGCCGCUGGGGCCGUACUGGAGAUGGUGCCGGCGGCCGGACCGCUGGUGUGCACGUACCGGAGCGCGGACGGGUGGAGCGAGGCGACGUGCGGGGUGUGCCUGUCGGAGCUGGCCGACGGCGAGGCCGUCAGGGUGCUGCCGGCGUGCAUGCACUACUUCCACGCCGCCUGCGUCGACGAGUGGCUGCACCUCCACGCCACCUGCCCGCUCUGCCGCGCUCCCCUCGCUGCCGCCGCCGCCGCCGCCGCCGCCACCUGA